UUAAUAUUCCUCUUAUUAUUAUUAUUAUUAAUAUAAUUAUUUAUGGAUUUUGAAGGUGACUGCAUGUUUUCUACCCCAAUGUUUACAUUUAUUAUACAGCACAAAACUAAAAGCAGUGAAUAAAAGCAAACAUGAGAUAUAUGUAUAUGUUUAUAAAGGAUCAAUAAACAGGAUCAAUAAACAAUAUAGAGCGAGGGUUGUGGUGAGUUCCUGGCAGCUUUCUGGGGUUCAGACUCCGGAUAAUGUGAGGAAACAACUGGAGGACUGGGCUCAUCCGUGAGGCCUUUAUUUUGAAAUCGCUAACCGGAAAUGGUGCGUUAGGAUUUUGGCCUCUUGCCGCCCGUGUCCUUCCUCAUAAGGAAGCUCGGUGACAGCGGGAGUCAGUCCGGAGAGAGGCAGCCAGCGAGACUGUUAUCGAUCAGAGCUCAGCUGUCAAUAAUCGAUCAGAGAGUGAUCAGAGUGAUCAGCUCUCCGCCUGUCAGUCACACAGCCUCACUCCACUCUAUCAGAACUUUGUGCCCCCCCUCCCACCGCGGUCAGGAUGCCUUUCAUCGACCACGUCUCGGACUCGGACCUGGAGCGCUUGGCUCUGGACCGGGUCGUCCCGGGCCUGCUCGCCUGCGGGUUCUGCUACGUGGACGGUCUCCUCGGGGAGCUGGCCGGGGACGCCGUGCUGGAUCAGGUGAUGGAGAUGCACCGGUCCGGGGCGCUGCAGGACGGCCGGCUGGCGGGCUCCGUGCCCGGCGUCCACCGGAGGAACAUCCGCGGGGAUAAGAUCUGCUGGGUGAGCGGAUCGGAGCGCGGCUGCGAGGCGAUCAGCUUCCUGCUCAACCUGAUCGAUAAGCUCAUCUCCGUGUGCGCCAGCCGGCUCGGGUGCAAGGCGAUCCGGGAGAGGUCCAAGGCCAUGGUGGCAUGUUACCCAGGAAACGGGGCCGGUUACGUCAAACACGUGGACAACCCGAACUUCGACGGGCGCUGCAUCACCUGCAUCUACUACCUCAACAAGAACUGGAACGCCAAGGAGCACGGCGGCAUCCUCAGGAUCUUUCCCGAGGGGAAAUCAUACGUGGCCGACAUCAAGCCGCUGUUCGACAGGCUGCUCUUCUUCUGGUCCGACCGCAGGAACCCACAUGAGGUGCAACCCUCCUACUCCACCAGGUACGCCAUCACAGUUUGGUAUUUCGACUCUGAGGAGAGAGCCGAGGCCAAGAGACGCUUCAGAGACUUGACAGCCUCCACCCAGCAGCAGGGCAGCAGCUCCGGCUGAUGGAGAGCAAACAUGACUGCCUGGUGUUUGAUCUGCGGGAGAGGACGGCGCGAUUCCUCAAAGCUUCUGGAAAAGCUGAAAGAAAAAGGACAUAAAAAAAAGUAUUUUCUCUCUGUUCUGGACUCUGGAGGACUCGAGGGUCCGUCGGGGGGCUGGAAACAACAACCUGCUGCGACCUGAUGAACGCUGCGUUCAGGUGACCGGCAGCCGCUCUGGACUUUUCCUGCUUUACUUUGUGCAAUACUCUUUGCUGACUAAGGGAAACAGCGGACUGCACCUUUUAAAGCUUCAGCACGCUUCGAAGAAGAGGAGGAGGAGGAGGAGGAGGAGGAGGAGUGUUUACAGAACUGUGGAGAACCAUCAUGGAGCUGUUGACUAGAGAAUGACAGAUUGUGGGCUGGAACUCACAACAGGAUGUUUAAAUCUGCAAAACUUUAUAAACUGGUGUUUGAUGCUAACGCAGGCCGGCGGCGAUUAAACGACCACGGAGAGGGACGGAGUUUACUGUGCAGGAAAAAAAGAAAGUAAAGUUUAAUUUUGUUCAUGUUGAGCAGAGUCAACAGUCCUAAGCCCUGCCCCCUUUCUGCUCUGUGCUCCAAUCACAGUUGAGCAACCCACGGUCAACUUCCUCCUUUUCUGUACUUAGAUAUGCUACGUGCCAGGCUAAUCUGUGUUGAAAAGACAACCACACUUAAAAGAUAAGAGACAUUUAGUCACAUCUUCAGAAGGAGAAGAGAUGUGGUUGUCUUUUAGCCGGUAGCAUAUACACAGGAGUACAUACAGGAAAGGAGGACGUUGACUGAGGCUGUGGGACUUAUGGAGGGUCAAUUCAACAUCUAGAACAUUUGUAGUAAUAAUAAUAGACAAUCUUAAUGUCCACUUACUAGUUGCACUGAGAAAACUCCGUCUGCAGGAAGACUGUGAGGUUGAAAGGUCCAAUAAAAGCUAAUGAGUAGACCUCAAAUGUACAAAAACCCCUUAAGAUAAAGAAAUUACAGAAUGAAGUGUUUCCAACAAACAAUAACCGUCCGCACUGACAGUCGAUUGAUCAAGCCGUCUGUACAGGUAUCUACGUUAGGUAACACUUUGUAAUGUUAGCUCUGACUUGGUGGAGAGUGCUGGUCACACCGAGAGGAAAGCAUCCGUGGGUUUUAGGAAUCAGUUCACAGGCUGUUAUUUUAAGUGAUUAAUACAUUAAAAAAAGCACCUUUACAAAGAAUAUAUAACUGAAUGUGUGUUUCCACUCUGAGCUGCUGCUGCUGAGCGUUAUGACUUUGUGAUUCCUUCCUUCACUUUCUCUCCGCUGUGAGUUUUUUGCUCCUGAAUCUUAAAAUGGCCGCCGGCGCUGCAGAAGGACGAAGAGGAGAUAGAUUCCACUGAUGCAGCAGAUUUGACGGGCGGCGUUGUGAAGCGGCUGUCACAGACCGACUGUAUGAGAGCGGAUGAAUAAUUGAUGCUCCGUUCAAACGGCUCUUCGGAGACGUUAUUGAGCCCCGAGUCGCCGUCCUGAAAGAAUAACGCUCGCUGCCAACGUGCGCCUUUUUAAAACUGAUGUGUCACUCUGACUGCAGUUGGUGUUUCAGUGGACCUGCACUGUGUGUCUGCUGGAAGAGAGACCUUCUGUCUCGGUCCAGAUUCUCUCAAUGCUCUGUAAACUGUUUGUUUGUGACACAAACAAUAAACGAUGCACAACCUAAGACACAAA